AUGAGUGAAGGUUAUGAUUCUACUAUGUCCAAUCCAACAAACAACUCGAGCAACGGAAUUGACAAGCAGUACCUUGCUUCUCCCAUUAAGAAUUCAGUGGACAAGUAUCAACUUAUUCCAGAGUUCCUAAAGGUGAGAGGAUUGGUGAAGCAUCACUUGGCCUCGUUCAAUUACUUUGUUAAGACGGAGAUAAAGAAGAUUGUCCGUGCAAAUCAUGAGAUUAGAUCAACACGGGACCCUAGUAUUUAUCUUAGGUACAGGGAUGUUCGUAUUGGUGAACCAUCAAUGAUUUAUGAUGGUGUAAGGGAGAAACUAAGUCCACAGAAAUGUCGGCUAUCUGACCUUACCUAUGCAGCUCCAAUUUAUGUCACAGUCGACUACACAAUGACAAGGAAUGGGCAGAUAUCAAUGUCAACGCAGAAGGAUGUUACCAUUGGACGAAUGCCUAUUAUGUUAAGAAGUUGUUCGUGUGUGCUAUGUGAGAAAGAUGAAGAACAAUUAGCAAAACUUGGAGAAUGCCCACUUGAUCCAGGAGGAUAUUUUGUUAUCAAAGGCAGAGAGAAGGUAAUUUUAAUUCAAGAGCAACUCUCGAAGAACAGGAUAAUCAUUGAUACAGAUAAAAAAGGCUGUGUACAAGCAUCUGUUAUCUGCAGCACAGAAAAAACAAAAAGCAAAACAGUUAUAAAAAUGGUCAAAGAAAAGGUAUACUUAGAGUUGAAUAUGUUCAAAACCAAGGUCCCCAUAAUGGUUGUCAUGAAGGCCAUGGGAAUGGAAAGUGAUCAAGAGGUUGUACAAAUGAUAGGAAGAGAUCCUCGAUUUAGUUCUUUGCUUUUGCCAUCAAUCGAGGAGUGUGCAGGUCUUAAGUUGUAUACACAACAUCAAGCAUUAGAGUUUCUCGAGAGUGACAAGAUGCUUACAAUGCCUUCAUAUUCUACUGGUCCAGUUGAGAAGGGAGCCCGAGCUUUGAGUAUUCUUCGUGACAUGUUUCUUGCACAUGUUCCAGUCCAUCAACAUAAUUUCCGCAAAAAGUGCAUAUACGUUGCAGUAAUGAUGAGGCGCAUGAUGGAAGCAAUCUUAAACAAGGAUGCAAUGGAUGACAAGGACUAUGUGGGGAACAAAAGAUUGGAGCUCUCCGGUCAGCUAUUAUCUCUCCUUUUUGAGGAUUUGUUCAAGACAGUGAAUGAUGAAGCUAGGAGGGCAUUUGAUGCUAGACCCAAUGCUUCAGACUUGUUAUAUUUUUUAAAGAAAAGUAAUAGAAUUACUUUGGAUUUGGAGAGAACCCUAUCUACGGGCAACUGGGAUAUUAAACGAUUUAGGAUGCACAGGAAAGGCACGACUGAGGUUGUUGCUAGGCUAUCAUACAUCGGAACGUUGGGCUACAUGACGAAGAUCAAACCACAAUUCGAGAAGUCUAGAAAAGUUAGUGGUCCUAGAGCACUGCAACCUAGCCAGUUUGGCAUGAUCUGCCCUUGUGAUACUCCAGAAGGCGAAGCUUGUGGAUUGGUGAAAAACCUGGCCUUGCUGACUCAUGUUACGACAGAUGAGGAUGAGCGCCCUAUUAUUUCUCUGUGCUACGACUUGGGUGUUGAGGACUUGGAACAACUUUCAGCAGCAGAACUUCACACGCCAAAUUCUUAUCUCAUCGUACUAAAUGGACUUAUGCUAGGCAAGCACAAGAGUCCGCACCGAUUUUCUAAUGCAAUGAGGAAGCUACGGAGGGCUGGUCAAAUCGGGGAGUUUGUAAGCAUCUUUGUGAAUGAUAAGCAGUGCUGUGUCUACAUUGCUUCAGAUGGUGGACGUGUCUGUCGUCCACUUGUAAUUGCUGAAAAAGGUGUUUCUAGGAUCAAGGAGCACCAUAUGAAUGAGUUGAGGGAUGGUGUGCGUGACUUCAACAGCUUUCUAAGAGAUGGUUUGAUAGAAUAUCUUGAUGUCAACGAGGAGAACAACUCAUUGAUUGCUCUAUACGAAAAGGAGGUGACACCAGAUACAACACAUAUUGAGAUUGAGCCUUUCACGAUCUUAGGUGUUUGUGCCGGUUUGAUACCUUAUCCUCAUCACAAUCAGUCCCCUCGGAAUACCUAUCAGUGUGCGAUGGGUAAGCAAGCUAUGGGAAACAUUGCCUAUAAUCAGUUGAAUCGGAUGGAUGGUUUGCUCUACCUUUUGAUGUAUCCUCAACGCCCUUUACUGACUACAAGAACAAUUGAGCUGGUUGGAUAUGAUAAACUAGGGGCUGGGCAGAACGCCACUGUUGCUGUGAUGAGUUAUAGUGGCUAUGACAUUGAGGAUGCAAUAGUAAUGAACAAGUCUUCUUUGGAUCGAGGUUUUGGGCGUUGCAUAGUGAUGAAGAAAUACUCAGCCAUAUGUCAGAAGUAUAAUAAUUGUACAUCAGAUAGACUAAUUAAACCACAACGUCAAGGUUACGAAGCAGAGAGGAUGCAGAUUCUGGAUGAUGAUGGAUUAGCUUCUCCAGGAGAAAUUAUUAGAAAUCAUGAUAUCUAUGUCAACAAGGAGUCCCCUACGAGGACACCAGUCACAUCUCCUUUGGACUUGCCGGAUAGUGCAUACAAGCCAAGUAGACAAACUUAUAAGGGUCUUGAAGGGGAGACAGCUGUCGUUGAUAGAGUGGCUCUUCACUCUGAUGAAAACAACAAUUUAAGCAUCAAAUUUAUGAUCCGUAAUACCCGUAGGCCUGAGAUUGGUGACAAGUUUAGUAGCAGACAUGGGCAGAAAGGAGUCUGCGGCACCAUUGUACAACAGGAAGAUCUUCCAUUUUCUGAACGUGGCAUUUGUCCUGAUCUUAUUAUGAAUCCUCACGGAUUUCCUAGCCGAAUGACAGUGGGAAAGAUGAUUGAGCUCCUUGGAAGUAAAGCUGGAGUUUCAUGUGGUAGGUUUCAUUACGGCAGUGCUUUCGGAGAACCCAGUGGUCAUGCAGACACGGUUGAUGCUAUCGGUGAAACUCUGGUAAAGCAUGGAUUUAGCUACAAUGGCAAGGAUUUUAUUUAUUCAGGUAUUACUGGUAUGCCACUACAAGCAUACAUUUUCAUGGGGCCAAUAUAUUACCAAAAGCUGAAACACAUGGUCCUAGAUAAAAUGCAUGCUCGCGGGAGUGGACCUCGUGUUAUGAUGACAAGACAACCUACCGAAGGGAGGAGUAGAAAUGGAGGUUUACGUGUGGGAGAAAUGGAACGUGAUUGUUUGAUUGCAUAUGGUGCAAGUAUGUUGAUACACGAGCGCUUGAUGCUUUCCAGUGAUCCAUUUGAGGUUCAAGUUUGCAGAAAAUGUGGUUUAUUGGGAUAUUACAACUACAAGCUGAAGACUGGCAUUUGUUCCAUGUGUAAGAACGGGGAAAACAUGUCUACGAUGAAGUUGCCUUAUGCGUGCAAGCUCCUAUUCCAGGAGCUCCAAUCAAUGAACAUCGUUCCGCGAUUAAAACUAGCGGAAGCUUGAUUAUGGUGUCACAUCUAUUAGCUUCUCACUAAUUUUUGUCAUUCCUUAGCAAUUGAGCUUACUUUUCGACACUUCUUUCUCUUAGGUCUUCUUGACUUCUCUGUUCUAAUUGCCUAUGUUUCUUCUUGGUACUUUUAUUUAUAACAUCACGUAUUGUUUUUUCGUAAGAUGAUUACUAUGCUUCUGUUUGACUGUAGCAUAAGAUACAAUGAUGCCUCUGUAUCUGAUG